AUGCCGCUGGGGUGGAGUCCUAUCUCGGUAGCCGCAGACUCCCUGCUAACUUCCACCCUUGGACUUCCUAGAGCAAACCUUGUGGACCUCCAGAAGAAGCUGGAGGAGCUCGAGCUCGACGAGCAGCAGAAGAAGCGCCUAGAAGCCUUCCUCACCCAGAAGGCCAAAGUCGGCGAGCUCAAGGAUGAUGACUUUGAGAGAAUCUCGGAGCUGGGCGCGGGCAACGGCGGGGUGGUCACCAAGGUGCAGCACCGGCCCUCGGGCCUCAUCAUGGCCAGGAAGCUGAUCCACCUAGAGAUCAAGCCGGCCAUCCGGAACCAGAUCAUCCGGGAGCUGCAGGUGCUACACGAGUGCAACUCUCCCUAUAUCGUGGGCUUCUACGGGGCCUUCUACAGCGACGGGGAGAUCAGCAUCUGCAUGGAGCACAUGGACGGUGGUUCCCUGGACCAGGUCUUGAAGGAAGCCAAAAGGAUUCCUGAGGAGAUCCUGGGGAAAGUCAGCAUCGCGGUUCUCCGGGGCCUGGCGUACCUCCGGGAAAAGCACCAGAUCAUGCACCGAGACGUGAAGCCUUCCAACAUCCUGGUCAACUCCCGCGGGGAGAUCAAGCUGUGUGACUUCGGGGUGAGCGGCCAGCUGAUCGACUCCAUGGCCAACUCCUUCGUGGGCACGCGCUCCUACAUGUCGCCGGAGCGCUUGCAGGGCACACACUACUCGGUGCAGUCGGACAUCUGGAGCAUGGGCCUGUCCCUGGUGGAGCUGUCCAUCGGGAGGUACCCCAUCCCCCCGCCCGACGCCAAGGAGCUGGAGGCCAUGUUUGGCCGGCCCGUGGUCGACGGGGCAGAAGGAGAGCCUCACAGCAUCUCGCCUCGGCCGAGACCCCCCGGACGCCCCAUCAGUGGUCAUGGGAUGGACAGCCGGCCCGUGAUGGCCAUCUUCGAGCUGCUGGACUACAUUGUCAAUGAGCCCCCGCCCAAGCUGCCCAAUGGCGUGUUCACUCCGGACUUCCAGGAGUUUGUAAAUAAAUG